AUGCAAAAACUUGUCUAUCGCUCGAACUUGCGCACUGACCUGAAGAUAGAGUGGCAAUCACCCGAUCAUAUUUUUUUAGGCGACGCUCUCAAGUUGAAAGUGGCCGAAGGGACCAAACUAGCCAGGGACGUGCGCUUUGCACUCCCCAACGGCUUGAAGCUAACGUACGGGGAGAUCAACGCCUUGGCCGGGGAUUUCUACGGGACUUGGGAGCCGAUUAGCGAUCCAGAUGAGCCUUAUGAACGAACAAAUUGCUUUAACCGCGCCUGGGAAACAUUGGCGCUUGGAGGCGAUUCCCGAAAAGUCGAGGCGAAUAAUAUACUCGCCAUUAUUUACGACCAGAAAGCAGCUGUUGAGCAACGGAUCAAAGACGGGGAAUCCCCAGCGAACGCUUAUAAGGCUGUAUAUGUGGAUGACCAAAUGUGGAACUUCAAGUUUCAAGGGGUAACAGGUGCGCGCAAGGAUCUAGGGCUUCCAACAUAUGUGAACCUCGCUGCGGUUGACUGGGACCACUUCGGCGCGGAUGCCCGUCUUGUAUACCGAGUCGGACAUGAUGCGGCGGUCGCCCACGCCUAUCAGACCGGCGACCUUAUGACGGCAUAUGCGAAGAACGCUUUCGCCGAUCACUUCCUGCAAGAUUCUUUCUCAGCGGGCCAUGUGCGAACUCCGCGGCGGGCGUUGCACGCGGCCGAUGAAUAUGGUAUAGAUCAUAAGGCCCAGGUUAUGCACGAUGAAGACGGCGCAAACGGUCUUGUGGUGUCCACUGCCGGCCCCUGCCAACAAUCAUGGAGAAUGUACGGAGAUAAUAGUUUCUUGGAGCCGGCAAACCAUGAAAAUCGCCAGCGCUGCUCAGACGCCCUGCAGACGUCUGCUGACGAAGUUUUCGAAGCCUGGCGGACUGGGGCAAAUGUGAGGCGCUAUGGCGCACUGGAAUUUCUGCCGACAAUUGAAUCUGCAUUCGAAGCACCGAACCCCCAGCCUCUAUACCACAUCCACGCACGGGAGGGCUGUGAACUGUGUGGCAAUGAAAUGCAGCGGUAGCAAUGGUUAUUCUUCUUUUUCUACAAAAACCGGGCAUCUAUUAGGGCUAGCGGGUGGAAUAGUGUGAUAAACAAAUAUCCUUCGCGAAUACCAAAGGUGCCUGUGUAUUGCCCUGA